UGGUUUUAAAAAAGUGUUCUUUCGAAAUCCAAUUGAUUGGCAUCCGAAAAAAAGAAUCUAAACUAAUUUUCCGUUGAGUGAUUCCGUUUUAACGAUAACAAAAGGGUUCUGGGACCCCAUGCUUAACUCCUUCUUGGGCGUCGCAUAAAAGGUGACACACACACCUUUGUGACACGGAUACGGACACGGAUACGUAUUCAACAAAGACACAAUAGAUAGAAAAAAAAAAGAAACAAAACAGCUACGCUGCUAUUGUUAUUUAAUCUAACCUUGGCGAGUGCGCAAUUUUUGGGCCUGUCGUCGAAGGCUGCUUAUCGGCCAUGUGCCACCAUCGCAGCCGCAAAGGAUACGCCAGACAGUAUUAAUAACGCAUUGAUAGGAGUAGGCGUCUGAUUUGGUUUUUUUCUCGCUUUUGUUUUGGUUAGAGGGGGUUCUGUGUUUGGUUUGGUUUGGCGAGGGUCUCGAGUUUCGGAUCGAGUCCGCAAUUAAUCGACAACAGCAGCCGACAGCUAGCAUGUUGCAGGGCGUCGCCAUCACCAUCGCCAACGACAGCAACGAUGAUGGCCUCAAUCAAUCAUUCAUGGCUCAUGUGUCGCCCAGUCCCAAUCAGAGUACCAAUCCCAUUGCCAACAUAGCACUACCGGCGAAUCCUAGCGCGAGCCCCGAGCUGUUGCUCCUGAAGAAUGACAAAUUCCUAACACAUGUUGCCCAUCUGCUGAACAUAACGACCGAGAAUCUCUCAAAUCUUUUGGGCUCCGGCAACGGGACAAAUGCCAGCACAAUGGCAUCGGAUUCUCCGGGGGAUGAGUCCCUGACCCUGCGCACCGCCUUCACCAUUUGCUACGCCCUCAUUUUUGUGGCUGGCGUUCUGGGGAACCUGAUCACCUGCAUUGUUAUCUCGCGAAACAACUUUAUGCACACGGCAACCAACUUCUAUCUGUUUAACCUGGCGGUUUCCGAUCUGAUACUGUUGCUUUCCGGCAUUCCACAGGAGCUGUACAACCUUUGGUUUCCCGACAUGUAUCCCUUUACCGAUGCGAUGUGCAUCAUGGGAAGUGUGCUCUCGGAAAUGGCUGCCAAUGCCACGGUUCUCACAAUCACCGCCUUCACAGUGGAGAGGUACAUCGCCAUAUGCCAUCCUUUCAGGCAGCACACCAUGUCAAAAUUGUCGCGCGCCAUUAAAUUUAUAUUUGCCAUUUGGCUGGCAGCCUUCCUUCUGGCUCUGCCCCAAGCCAUGCAAUUUUCGGUGGUCUACCAGAAUGGCGGAUACUCCUGCACGAUGGAGAACGACUUUUAUGCCCAUGUGUUUGCCGUCUCGGGAUUUAUAUUCUUUGGCGGACCCAUGACGGCAAUUUGCGUACUAUAUGUCCUGAUCGGUGUGAAGCUGAAAAGGAGCCGUCUGCUGCAGUCGUUACCGAGGAGAGCCUACGACGCCAACCGGGGACUGAAUGCCCAGGGCCGAGUCAUCAGAAUGUUGGUAGCUGUAGCCGUCGCCUUUUUCCUGUGCUGGGCUCCUUUUCAUGCCCAGCGCCUGAUGGCCGUGUACGGGCUUUCUCUGAUUAAUAUAGGCAUCAGCCGGGACGCCUUCAACGAUUACUUCCGGAUACUUGAUUACACAUCCGGCGUGCUCUACUUUCUCUCCACCUGCAUCAAUCCGCUGCUCUACAACAUCAUGAGCCACAAGUUUCGCGAGGCUUUCAAGAUCACUUUGACGCGUCAAUUUGGUUUGGCCAGAAACCACCAUCACCAGCAGAGCCAGCACCACCAGCACAACUACAGCGCCCUGCUCCGUCAGAACGGUUCAAUGCGUCUACAACCGGCCAGCUGUAGUGUUAACAACAAUGCCCUCGAGCCCUAUGGUUCCUAUCGAGUGGUGCAGUUCCGUUGCCGGGACGCUAGCCAUCAACUGUCGAUGCAGGACAGCAUUCGCACCACCACCACCACCACCACGAUAAACAGCAACAGCUUGGGUCAGCCGGGAAAUGGAGUGGGCGGCAUCGGGGGCGUGGGCGGUGGUCGGCGGAACCGGAAACAGGAUUUCUACGGUCCAGUUCCGGGAAGCGCAGUGCCCCACCGGAUGCUCCAAGCCCAGGUAUCGCAGCUCUCGUCCCUGGGGGACGCCAACUCGCUAUUAGAAUCCGAAGCAGUGGACAGACAUUACUCCGCUGGACGCGCCAAGAGAGCUCUUUUGGCCACCAAGAGUGGGGCUCUAUUGGUCACUCCCCCGCAGAACGUGGAAUCGCCCGAACUCAGUCAACCGGCAACCCGCCUCAAAUUGUCCCGUGUGAUUAGCCGCAGGGACGAAGCCAGCAGUCACAGUCUGCCGGACCCGGAGACCUUGUCCGGCUCCGGAGGAACUGGUGUGAGUCGCAGCUCCCGCAAGUUUCCAUGGCGAAAGCGAAGGCAGAAGCCGGAGGAUCCAGCCAGUGAUGGACUGGGCUUCGGGUCGCCCAAAUCCCAGUGAUGGCCACUGGCCAAUAUCUAGAGUUAUGCAUAGUUAGGUCCCGUUUAGUUAGCGCAAUAAACUUUCUGAUCUGUAAAUA